GCCAUGUCGAAUGUAAAUAACAACAGGCGAUAAAUUGUUAACAAAAAGUAGUGCAAGUGAGUGCAGUGAAGUCAUCAAUUGUGUCUGUGCCAAAUCAGAGCAUCAAAUAGUGAGAUAUCGACGCAGGCACACAAGCCCAGCAUCGGAUCAGUAGUUACAAAAACCAACUUAAGCUGAAAGUGGCAACGCUUGCUGCCGCACUUGCAAUCGCACAAAGAAAACUUACUAGGCAGAUAGGCAGGCAGCUCAAGGCAAACGCAUUACCUUGGAGUGUUGGGUGGGUGCCCACCAUGGAAGAUUUUGAUAUCGAUCUUAAUUUUAUGCAGCUGAGCCGGCAAGAGUUGCUACAGCGCUACACGAGCGCUGUCCGUCAGCUGCGACGCAUUGCUGAGGCCAACUAUGGGGUGCGUCCUCUGAUCUUCGAUAAUUAUGUGCUCUUUCAGUAUUUCCAGCAGCGCAGCUGGCUUCAACUGAAUAGUCCGCUGUAUAACACAACGACACCAUUGGUGAGCUACCUAAAGUUGGAGGUGCUGCACCACCUCCUCGAUCGUCGGCGGCAGAUACUGUGCUGGCUCUUUUACCUUACUUUGGUUUCGCUAUGUGUGGUGGCGUACCGGUACGAGACAUCGAGUGCAUCCAACGGAAAGAUGGUACAGUCCAUGGUCUAUCCAGGAAUGCGGAUGUGGCGCCGCAUGACCAUGCCACUCAUACAACGUUUCCCACGACUCACCGAGCUCUACGACGAGUCCUGUCUCAUGGGCAAUCCGUUCUACCAGCUCGAGGAUCUCAGUUGCGGUCCGUGCGCAAAUGUGGAGACUGUCUGGUUCGAAAGCGAGGAGUGCGCCCAACUACUUGUCAGCAGCAAUGACAUUGAGUCCGAUUCCAAAUCUGAGAUGGUGGGCGGCUACCACAUGAUGGCUCCAAUCGAACGCUGUCAGAAGCCCGCAAUUCAUGUGCCCUUUGCUUUCAAGAGCAGUCAGCAUGCAAUUGAUUUAAAUGACUUCUACAACAUUUAUGCCAAUAACCACAAGAUCUUCCAACGCGAUGCCUAUCGCGUGCAUUCCACCAAUCAGGGCGUACACAAUCUCGAGGAUUUAUUCGGCCAAUUCAAUAGCAGCAGCAACGGAAGUGGAAAUGUUCAGAGAGCAGCAUCAUCCACAUCUUCCCCCACUUGGUCGCAACAGGCGCACAAUUUGUGGCGUUGCAAUCGCAUGCUGCCAGCCCGCCUCCUGCGACCCAUUUUUGCGCGUCCCUCGCGUCUCCCCAGCAUGGGUGUCGCCCUCGAACGCUAUGUAGCCAUCGAUACAGCACAAGCUCCAUCAUAUACGUUGCCCGAAACGGAAUGCCCAAAUGUUUAUGUGCAUCAGGCCGUGGGCACACGCUUCAUCAUUCUGCGUCCGACCAGCGAAUGCCGUCAGCGAUGUCGGACACUCUCCCUGCGCCUAACGCAGUCCUUUGUGCUCAGUUACAAUUGGUUGUACUGGAAACCGAUCUCUGCGCCCGAUCCCAUAUCUGAGUCGCUUUCAAUUAGUCUGAUUGGCUCCUAUUGCUAGACGCCCACGUUUUUUAGCUCUAAGCGAUUAACACACAACUGCAAUAAUUAACCCGAUUGUAUCCAAGAGUUACAAAUUAUUGCAACUAUUCAUCAUCAGCAUCAUCAUCAUCUUCAUUAUAUACAUUUAUAUGCCAAGCCAAAAUAAUCACUAUACAGGAAACACACAAAUGCUAAUCCCAUUCAAAAUGGCUAGCUAUUCUUAAUGUGUAAAUCGCUUCCCUCACCUAUUGCCAAGGUAUUACCGCCUGGUCCGUAGUUCAUAAGGCUGACUUUAUGUUUCAUUUUUGUGUUCAACUCAAUUCCUUUACUUUUUUGUAACCAACUGCAUUUAAUAUAUAAGUUCUACUAUUAUGUUUGAUAUUUUAUGUUUUAUACCUACAUGUACACCAUUAUAUACACACACACAUGCAUCUGCAUAGGCAAUGUGGGAGGGAGAUAUGCAGAAAUUCGAUUUUAGACUGUAGCUGAACCUAAAGCUGAAAAAGUUGUAAAUAUGUAUGUAUGUUUGUAUCUGUAUGAAACGUUUGCCAAAAUACAGUUCGAUUUAACACCACAA